GCGCGCACCCAGUUUUCGCCCGGCGUUGCCGGCGCGUGCGCGUGGCUUCCCAGGCGGCCCGGACUCCGACGCGGGUCCCGGAGGCCGGUGCUUUGGCUCAGCCCGGGCGCGGUCAUGCUGUUCCGGCCGGGCGGUAGGUGGCUGCGGCCGCUGUCCGUACUGCCGCUGGGGGCCCGGGACCCGCCGCUGGUGCGGGCCUCAGCGGGCGGCAUUCAGCGCUCUGCUCCGCCGGUGUGGGCGGCGGCGUCCGUCUCUGCGGUCGCCUCUGGCGGCCCCGGCAGCUGGUACGAGGCGUUAGCCACGUCGGCGCCGGUGCAGGGCACGGAGGAGGCGCUGCUCGGCGUGCACUCCGCCACGGGUCUGCCCUGGUGGGCCUGCAUCGGUCUCAGCACGGUGGCCCUCCGCGGCGCCGUCACGCUACCCCUGGCCGCCUACCAACACUACAUCCUGGCCAAGGUGGAAAAUUUACAGCCAGAAAUAAAAAGCAUUGCAAGGCAUCUUAACCAAGAAGUUACGGUUCGUGCAAAUCAGUUGAGGUGGUCCAAAAGAGUUGCCAGGCUCACUUAUCUAAAGAAUAUGCGGAGGCUUGUUUCAGAACUGUAUGUUCGGGAUAACUGCCACCCGUUCAAAGCCACCGUAUUGGUCUGGAUUCAGUUUCCAAUGUGGAUCUUCAUGUCUGUUGCUCUGCGGAAUUUUAGCACUGGGGCCACACAUUCAGAAGCAGGUUUUUCUGUUCAGGAACAGUUAGCUGCUGAUGGAAUCCUGUGGUUUCCUGAUCUCACUGCACUGGAUUCUACUUGGAUUCUGCCUAUUUCCGUUGGUAUCAUCAAUUUAUUAAUAGUGGAGAUUUUUGCUCUGCAAAAAAUAGGAAUGUCUCGUUUUCAGACAUAUGUUACGUACUUCGUUCGUGCGGUAUCGUUGUUGAUGAUUCCAGUUGCCGCGACGGUACCUUCGGGAAUUCAGAGUUUGGCAGUUUCGUGUAGAACUGAUGUAGCAGCUGCGUGAAGACACGUGAGGAAGCGGACUGCCUCUUUCAUUCUGCGCCACCACCCUCAGCCGGUCAUUCCUGUCCUCAAGGCCGCAGCUGGUCGCGGUGGCUGCUGGAGCUCAUCGUGCGGGAAUGGUGAAAGGGAGCUUCAAGUGCCAUUAGCCCCUUUAAGGAGCCUGCCAGGUGUCACACCAAACACUCGUGCUCACAUCCUAGUUAUUUGGGCCACACCCAUUGCAGAAGAUACUGGGAAUUAGUCUUUUUUUUGUUUUGUUUUGUUUUGGAUGGCAGUAUACCCAGCUUAAAAUGAGAAUUUUCUGACUAAGGAGGAAGAAGGAUUCUUAGUAGGCAGUUUGUAGUUUACCAUAUUGGUUUCAGAGCACUUUUUGCAUAUGGGAUAAGUCAGAUGAUGAUGAUGAUACCGGCUAAUCCUCAUUCAAUAUUGACUUUGUGUCAGGCACUAUUUUAAAAGGUUUGCAUGUAAUAGCUCGUUUAAUUCAUCCAGUGGGCACUGAAGUAGGUGCUAUUACAAUCUCCACUUUAGUGUUGAGGACACUGAGACACAGGGAGGGUAAGAAGCUCAUUCAAGGUCAACUCAUCCAUUACCUGAUGCUUAAUAUUGCGCAGGUAUCUCAGGCACAUGCAGGGGGUUUGGCUCCUGCCUGUAACUGAUAUGCUAAUCUGCUUUGAGGCUGUGGUACCUUUUGCCCCCCAAAAUUUGCUUUGGAACAAAUGCAAGUCUUUAAUACGGGCCACCUUCUGUUCUGACUUGUCUGUGUGAGUUACCUCCCUUUUUCCUCACAGCAGCCUCUGAGGCGGGGAUAGUUCAGUCCCCAUUUUAUAGAUGAGGAGACUGAAGCAGAAGGAAAAUAACUUCCUUCCAGUCAAAUAAAUGGAAUUCCCAUUCAGGCAGUUCACCUCCAGGACCUGGACUCACCCACCACAGGCUCCUGCCUCUGGGGCCUGAUCACAUUCUGAUGCCAGAGAAAAGUUGGCAACAGAUGCAGGUAUGGGAGGAUCUUGAAAGGCUCCAGAAUGUAGUCAAUAACCUAAAUAAAUCACUCUGGAUGGGAAUACAAAAGAAGUUGAAGAUAAUGUUGAGACUGUCUCUGAAAAAGGCAAAGGUAAUGCCUUCCCGACUAAGAAACCAAUUACUGGGAAAUUCUGGGGUGAUAAACCACUGUGUGGAGAACAGUGGGGUCUAGGGAGCCUAAAUGGCUGUGCCCCCGGUGCCCUACCUCCAGUAUAGCAGCUUGUCAGGACUCUUGGUGUGGGAAAAGGGUGCUUUCUUGCCGGAGAGGAGAGGGGAGAUCUCUCUCGAGCCUCUGCCCGAGCGCUGCUGUCUGUCAUCGGCUUUCCUAUUAUGAAAAGCUCUCCUGCUGCUUUCUUUUCCCUUUUUCGCCCUUUCUGCCUUCUUUCUACCUAUCAGAAUCAUCACAGGUAUCAGGUAGCUGCCACAGGUCUCGUGCCGUCCUGGCCCACUGCUGCUUCCCCACAUUGUCCUUUUCUCCUGUACUGCAUGCCAGUGUCUGGACAUCGGUGCCCUUGGAGAGUUGAGAGGUGCUGACAUUCACGCGCUUUCUUU